UAAUAAAAUUGUGCUUUGGAAAUACGAUAAUCCAUACGCAAAUUAUAAAUCUGAUCUUGAACGUCUUUUUAUAAUUGGUGAUUGCACUGUAAAAAUCACACAAAAAUUAUCUGAAAAAAUUGAUAUUUCUCAAAAUACUGGAAAUGUAGUUUGGGAUGGUGCUUAUAUUUUGAGCAAAUUCAUAAUAAAUAAUUUGAGUAUGCAUAAUGAUAAAGUUGAUAAUAAAGUUGGUAAUGGACGACAAAUUAGUUUUAUUGAACUAGGGUCUGGAUGUGGACUCGUUGGCCUGUCUGCCUGGAUAUCUGAAUUUGAUGACAUCGCUACUACUUUAUCAAAUUCUACUGCUGUUAAUAUAUCGUCAUCAUCAAAUCUUUCAAGAGUCGCUGAAACCGACAUCACUAAUCCUACUAAUUCCGUUAAUAAUAACGGAAAAAGGAUUAUUUGUCCUGACACUGAUCAAAGUUUAAGUGAACUAUUCAAUAAGUACAAGAGAUCAAAAAUUUCUGGACAAUCAAUACCGGCAUCAAUAUUUGGUCAAUCAUCAAACCUGUACAAGAAAUUAUUUUCUUCUUCGUCAUCCUUAUUCAGUGAUGAACAACUACAAUCAUCAUCAUCUUUAUCUCCAUCUACAUCGCCAACAUAUCCACCACCUAAAGAAAGAAUUAUUUGUGGCGGUGGGCAAAAAAAGAUCCAAUCAGAAAAUGUCAUAGUGGAUGAAUUUACGUUUUUGAAAGGAAUUAUUAAUGCUAGUGUACUUGUUCAACAAAUCUCUAUUUUUAUUGGACGUAAUGAUAAAUUGUUUAAAUGGUUCAAGGAUUAUGUUAAAUAUCAGGAAAAAGAAAAGAAAAAGGAAGAAUAUGAUUACGAUGCAGUUGUAAAUCAUUCCUCUGCAUCUGGGACAAGUUACAAGUAUAUACCAGAAUCUAAAGGAAAUGUACAUUGUUCUGGAAGAGAUGAAUUAUGUUAUCAAGUUUUGAAUGAUGAAUGGGUCUCAUAUUCAGGAUUAUUAAAUGGUGAAUAUGAUUUCAAAUCAGCAAAAAAUAAUCAAUAUGAAACUGAAUUGUAUAAAUGCGAGGAUGAAAGAUACGAGUUUGACACUGUUAUUGAAGACAUUCAGCAUACAAUAGCAAUGUUAGAACCAAUUCUUAGGAAGAUAAAUAAAAUGUCAGAUGAAGAUAAAAAAGAAUAUAAACUCAAGCCUGGACUUGAUGGUCGUUGUAGAUCAUUGAUCUAUAAAAGAGCCAUUAGAAGGAUUUAUGGAUAUGAUAAAGGAGCUGAAGUUGUUGAGAAAAUUCAUAAUGAUCCUGUCAAUGAUAUCCCAGUAAAACUAAAUAAAGUUUGGAGUGAUGUUGAAUCAAAAAAUUAUUACAGGUCAUUCGAUCAUAAAGGGCUAUUUUCAAAAAUGGUCGAGAAAAAAAAUUUUACAACAAAACAUUUCAUCAACGAAAUUGAAAAUUUAUUCAAAAAAAAUCAAGAUAUUCUCCAUAAAAACAAUAAAAAUCGCAAUACUAAUAAUGUUGUUAUCAGUGGAAAUAAUGCAGAUGGCAACAAGAUUGAGGAAACAGGAUCGUUCGAGAAAAAAGAUUCUAGAAAAAUUCAAAAGUUUUUUAAAAAAUUUUUAAUCUAUUUUUUUGAUCUUCCAUCAAGUUUUUUUGAGCAACCUAAUAAUAACAAAGGCAUUAUAAAUACAAGUGGCGGAGAUAAAACAAUGCCAGCAGUAGGUUCAAAUGAAAAAGCAUCAUCAUCAUCGCCGCCAUCGUUAGUUGGGACAUCAGAUAAUAACGAAGUUUGGGCUAAUGUAUCAAAAGAAGUUAAAAAAAAUAUUAAUGAAAUGACUAACAAAAAGAAUACUUGCAGAUUUUCUCAAGAAAAAUUAUCUAAUAAUCAAGGAUUGUUUAAACUAUAUGCUGAAAAUAGAUCUGAAAUUAAUAUAAAAGAUCCUUACUCUGAUAUGUUCAAACUUAUUGAAAAAAGGAUUAAAUGUUCAAUAGAAGCAUCAGAUUUCGAGGAAUCUCUUGUUAAUAUACUUGGUAUUGAUGCACAUCUUAUGUUCUCAGUAAAAAAAAUUGUUCAUUUUUUAACUCAAGAGAUUUACACGAUAGUUAAAGAUACCAAGUGUGAGAAAUUGUUUUAUUUAUAUAAAACACAUAAUAAACAACAAACUAAUAAUUCAUUAAAAGAUGGUUCAUAUAUGUUAUACUUGUAUCAAUUACAUGCUACUAAUAUCAUUAAUAAAGAUGGCCAUUUAUAUAGAAUAAAUUAUGAUAAUUAUAAAAAAUUAUUGCAAAUAACCUUACUAAAUUAUGACUCUAAUUCAAACAUAAACACUUCACCAGAAGAACGAUGGAUAAGCUAUAUUUAUAGUUAUGUAACUUCUAACCCUACAAAAGGUGUUUAUCAAAAAAUAUAUGAACCAUUUCUAAAAAGGUAA